CCCGCCUCUUACGGGGCCGAGGCGUAGGCCGGAAUCCGGAAGGAAAACAAUCGGGUGAGCCUGAGCUGGCCGGGACCUGCUGCCCGAGAAGUGCGGAUCCGUCCAGGACCGGCUGGGCCGAGUCGGCCGGGCCUCCGCGUGGGGACGAUGGAGACCGUGAACCCACUGAAACCGACGGAACCUAAAGGCAGGAAGCUCAGCAUACAUGUCGUGACAUGGAAUGUGGCCUCUGCAGCACCCCCUCUAGACCUUGAUAAUCUCCUUCAGCUGGAUAACCAUAACCUGAAUCUGGACAUAUAUAUCAUUGGUUUGCAGGAAAUGAACUGUGGGAUCAUGAGCCUCCUUUCUGACACUGCCUUUGAAGACCCAUGGAGCAGUUUCUUCAUGGAUGUGCUUUCCCCUCUCAGCUUCGUCAAGGUCUCCUAUGUUCGCAUGCAGGGGCUCCUCUUACUGGUCUUUGCCAAGUGUCAGCAUUUGCCCUUUAUCCAGAUCCUCUCUACUAAAUCCACCCCCACUGGCCUCUUCGGGUACUGGGGGAACAAAGGGGGCGUCAACAUCUGCCUGAAACUUUAUGGCUAUUAUGUCAGCAUCAUUAACUGCCACCUGCCCCCCCACAUGGCCAACAAUGACCAGCGGCUGGAGCACUUUGACUGGAUCCUGGAGAUGCAGAAUUUUGAGGGACUUGACAUCCCCAACAUCCUGGACCAUGACCUCAUUGUCUGGUUUGGAGACAUGAACUUUCGGAUCGAGGACUUUGGGUUGCACUUUGUUCGAGAAUCCGUAAAAAGUCAGUGCUACAGUGACCUGUGGGAGAAGGAUCAGCUCAGCAUUGCCAAGAGAUGCGACCCACUGCUCCGGGAGUUCCAGGAGGGCCCCCUGCUCUUCCCACCUACCUACAAGUUUGAUAAGAACUCCAACAACUAUGACACCAGUGAGAAAAAACGCAAGCCUGCAUGGACUGACCGGAUCCUGUGGAGGCUGAAGCGGCAGCCCCACACUGACUCCUGUGCCCCCAGGCUGCCGGCCCAUCACUUCUCCCUGUCUCUGAGGAGCUACGUCAGCCACAUGAUGUACACCAUCAGUGACCACAAGCCUGUCACCGGCACCUUUGACUUGGAGCUGAAGCCGUUGGUAUCUGUCCCACUGAUCACCCUGAUGUCAGAAGGCUUGUGGACCAUGGAGAAUGACAUGCUUAUCAGCUACUCAUUGACCUCAGACUUUCCCAGCAGCCCCUGGGACUGGAUUGGACUGUACAAGGUGGGGCUUCGACACAUUAACGACUACGUGUCCUAUGUCUGGGUCAAAGACAACCAGAUCUCCUGCAAUGGGCUGAACCAGGUUUACUUCAGUGGCAGCGACAUCCCUGAGACUGAGGGUCAGUUUCUCCUCUGUUACUAUAGCAACAGCCUACGUUCAGUGGUGGGAAUAAGCAGUCCCUUCAAGAUCCAGCCUCGAGUCUUCUUGGCGGAGGACCCACUGGGUGAAACCCAACCACAGAUCUGAGCUUCAGUGAGGGGGAAUCCAGGGCGGAGGCCAGAGCUGGCAGCCAGCUCUACUCACCACUUCCAGGAGCGCUGGGGGCCCAGCCAGCCUUCUGAGGAGGCAGCAAGUAUCCUUCACCUCCCGGGGGGAGCUCUGGCCACACACUCCUUUGCUCUUUCCACUCCAUAUCUGUGGAAGUGGCCACUUAAAUACAGACUUUCGUUGCUGAGAUGUGAGUGAAACCAGCUAGUGUGUAAACAGUGAAGACCUGGGGACAGUCCACCGGAUGUGGGAGGGACCCUCUAGUCUACGUCUCAUUUCUUGAUUUUCCCCACACACAGUUCCAGUCCCGCCCAAGCAGGCCCGGCAGGCACAUGCCCCAUCUGGCACAGGCCUGCAUUCUUGUCACUUCAUCCUGGGCCUCAGGCUAUCUGGGAGGGGGAGUUGCUCACAUUUGUACAGGCUUCAUAGACUAGUUGGCACAAGCAACACUGGGUCCCAGGAGUCUUGUCAUCUCAUUGCCUUUCCCCCUGAGGGAUGGGAAGGAAGUGUGGGAUCCUUGCUUUCAGCAGAAGCAGUAUGAUUAAGUUGACAGGAUGGACAGGCCCCGUUACCCAGGCUCUUACGUAGGGGUUGUGGGCAGGUUGAGUGUCCUGCCUGCAUCCUCCUGCCCCCAUGGAGUGUGACCCAGAAAGUUCCAGACCUGAAGAGAGAAUUGGACCCAGGUUCACUUCUGCUGGGGAUUAUGCCCCCAACCUGCCAUCUUGUCAAGGGUUAGCAGGUGGUAGAGGAGCUGUGGCCACGGGUUUUUCCACGGUGGUCUGCGCAGUGGAGCUCUUCUGCGCCUACCCUUGUCUGAAGUCAUUAGCCAGAAACCUGCCCUCUCUCUAGACCACUCUGGUACCUAGAAGGGGCAGGCAGAGAGGAAGGCUGGAAUCAAGACGUUUGGCAGAAUCUGGCCCUUGGGGUCUUCAGAGAGCAUUCUCCAGGUGCUGUGUGGACAUGGCUGUCCCUACUCCUACCACUUGCCUCCAGCUGCUGGUCACUCAACAGCUCUUCUCCCAGGAAAAAACACCUCAGGGAGUCUGCUCUGUGACUGUCACUCGAGUCCUACAACCUGAAACUAAGGAACACUCCAGUUGCUCUGCAUUCCAUACUCCACCCUGGGAGCCAUGUGUACCAUGGAGAGCUGUCCCCCUGGCUCCUAGCGGGCUUUGGAUGUAUGUGUUCUGUCUGUCACAUCGAGGGAUAAUUAAAAACAUGGCUUUUACA